AGUCUUUUGUCGUUAGAGGGCCAAUUUAUUGACAGCAGCAGAGAGCAGAAAUGGCGACUACCAGGAUUGCAUUGUUAAACGCCAAAAGAAGUCAAAACAAGGAAAAUGUCAGAUGUCAAAAAUGCCUAGAGAUGGGUCAUUGGACCUAUGAAUGCUCUGGAAAGAGAAAGUACGUCCAUCGGCCUUCAAGGAUAUCAACACUCAACAAGAAACUCAAGCAGAAGCAGAAAGAGGAGGAGGAAGGAGCAAAAAGGCUAGAGAACCCCAAGAGUGACAGCAGCUCUGGUGAUGAGAGUGACGAGACAUCCUCCGGAACCAUCGAUUCCGAUUCUUCCUCCACCCUCAGUAGCUCCGAUGACGAAUCAAGCGAUGAGGAUUCCAACCUCAGCUCUAAAGGGGACUCCGAUUCGGGCUCGUCCGGAACAAGCGACUCGGACUCGGACAGUAGCGAAGAUAGCGUGCCUCGGAAAAAGCGCAAACGGUGAACAAUCCAGCGUCUCUCUUUUGUCAAACUGCGGCUGAAUAGCCAAAUUGAUGUGUUAUUUAUUUAUUACUGCGAGAUAAAUAGAUUUGAAUGGAAUUGGCCGAGAAACUUUAGCACAGGGCUGCGUUUGUGCCGCUGAGGGCACCAACACCAAUUGAGUACUCCACUGAGCCAACGAUACAGUGGCUUUGGUGCAAUAUAUGAGAAAUGCAAGCAAUUUCAAGUUUUGUAUGACAGGGAUUCUCUCUCAUGUACCCGUCUUGUAUUUUGAUAUGGAAUAAUCUCAUUGUUGUAUUAAAAUUUGAAUAUUCAAUUGAAUCUGAAUUACAGGAAGUGAUAGCAGUUGGAAGUAGACAUGCAUGUCUGUCAUUUCUAGAUGAAAAAGUACAAUAAGGUUAAAUGUGGAAUAUAUUUUUUUCCUAUCUGUACCUGGUAGCAAUUUCUUUGAUUACAUUUAAGGUUAAGCAGUGCUGUUACCAAAAGAGUACUCCCUAUUUCUGAACUGUUUUGUAAAGCUGUUAGUUAUAUUUGCAUAUCUGCCAAUUGCAAAAAGGGGGGGGGGGGGGGAUAUGGUUAAUGUUGACCAUACAUGCAAGUUAGUAUAUGUUUGAAAAUAUGAUUAUCGUAGUGUACUAAUAGAGAUUGGUUGUGCUGGUUCUAAUGGGUUAUGCAAUGAUGAGUAAGUAAGGUUGUGUACAAAGUAAUUUAAGGUUACUAAAUACUUGUCUAAGUCAAAAGGUCAUUCAAGAUUAUGUCAUUUUGUCAGUAAUAUAUGGGCAAAAGCUGAACCAUUUUGGCAAUCAAAGACUAUAUGUUUAUAUGUAAAAUGGUAUAAUUGCAGGGUUGGGUCCGUCCAAAAAGUUAGGGCAAUUUUUUUCACAUACCAGAAGUGAGAAACUAUGUCUGCUAUCAACUGUAACAAUGUUUGCUUAAAUUGAGGUUUGCAUAAAAAGCAUAGCCAACUAUCUUCAGAAGUAUGAAAGUUUACGUAGUGUUAUAUGAUGUCCA